AUCGGAGGACAGCAGAAGGGAAACGUCUACUGUACGCACACACAAACAUGUCGGAUGUUACUGUAAAGGUUGUGAAUGAAGAAUAGCGUGACAGUGCAUAAGCGAAGGAUAUAUUGUGGUGUUUGCGCGCGCCCCCCCCCCUCUCUCAAUGUCAUGUGAUCUGCAGCGGCUUCCCCGUUGCCUGUUGCCUAGAUACAAGACCAAACAUUAGCAACCUUUAAGGAGCAUCAGCUAACCUGUGAGCAAGUUUUUUUUAAAUGGCCGAAAACCACGAGGAGCCCACAAACGUAAGUUUGCAAGAACGGAGUUAAAAAGUUAAAAAGCUAAAGACGUCCGACCGAAACCCCCCAAAUGUCCUUGACCAGUUUACCGCGUAGCUGUUAACUUAACGUUAGCUGGCGAAAUGCUAACCGACCACCGGUGUUUGAGUAGCAAUUCCAUUUGAAAAUGGCCCAGGUCCACAUUGAAAGCUGAAGUGGCUCAUGUUCCGUGAGAUGUGUGACCUGAACACGGAGGUGGGCGACCCGCCCCCCGCCCGCUGGCUUUGGAGAGACGACACUCGAACGCUGGAGUUCGUCAGUUCUAAUUCAACAAGGGAGGGAGUUUUGGUAAAACAAAGCCAAACCAAUGUUGAUAUCAAAGCUCUUCAGCUGCGGUCCGAAUGCGCAUGCUUGCUCCCCAGGUUGGCUGAGAUCUACACGGUGAACCACAGAGGGCGCCAAAACACUAGAAAGGGCCUGAGCCCCGCUCAUCUUCAUGCAUACAGGUCCUCAGUGAUGAGGAGACAAGGGGACCGCAUCACCGCCGACGAUGUUAAACAGGUGGCUGUCAGUUUGCUGCAGGAGAAUCACACGCUGCCCAUUCCAGUCCGCUUCUUGGCUGUAUUGAAGAGUAAAGGGCUUGACGAGGUCUUGACUGCCCUCCUCCUUUACCUGCGUUGUUUUUUUGAACACAAGUCCCUUGAGAACGCACCUGAUUCCUUCACGCCUAUCGUAGACAUCAUCCCAGAUCAGAAGAUGAUUGCACAGGCGUUGGCCAAAAAGGAAAUAGCACAAAAGAAGCUGGCUGUUUGCUACUUCAGCCUCAUCAUGGACCUAGAGAUAGAACAGCAUCAACACACAUACCACAAGGGCCGGCUGUCGUCAAACAGCACCGAAUGGCUUCUGCAUGCGUGCUUAUACAGCUUCAUCUGUUAUGUGGCCUGGGUGACGUUUGGCAGGAGAGACCUGAAGGACAUACAAGAGGAGGUUGGGCGUCUUUUGUACUCUGACACCAUCAACAUAGCGGCGAGGACGGGGAGUGAUGGGGACUCGACAACGACCUUCGCUGCUGUCGAUGGUGCAGUGACAGCCGGUGUAGCUGAGCCCAAGGAAGCGGGAUGUAAACACACAUUAAACCACAGAAGGUCCCAGAGGCGUCCAGCCCUCAGCGGGACAGUGAAUCAGCGAUCCCCACUGAUGGUAUCUCUGCUGCCGUCGGCCAAAGAAAGGUCGCCCCAUCUGUUCCCCGGCAACCGCGCUGGGAAGCAGAACACGCUGCAGCCCGAGCCCCGUGACACCAAGGCGCUGACGGAGGAGCUCCACCAGCAGCUGGCCAGUGUCAGCGUUGGGAUUCUCGGAAAACCUUUUGGACAGUUCAGCCGCAGCACCCUGAUUCCCUCUGGAGACCAGAACAAGCAGAGGGACGAUGACGACCACGGACCAGACGGCGACAUUAAGGACAGCGAGGAUCAUGCUGGCGUCCAUGUCUGAGGUGGCAGAUCCUUCGUGGGACCCCAAGUGGAGAUAGGCCACACAUACACAGCACAAACUGCAGCGUCCAGUGAAAGGGGGGAAGUCACAUACUUGGCGGAUCGUAAGAGUCCCCGACUGUUUUUUCAGUGGAGCGACCCGGACUUUGCACGUGCUCAGUAGUCUCCCCGGUGCAUUCCCCAACACGGCCCACAGGGGGGAAACCAAUAAUAAGACUCAGGGACUCUGAGUUUUCUUUCUGCUUGGCUCACAUGUGGCUCAUUUUCAGAAGCAACUCCACGAUGCGUCGUCGCACACACAAACACACCAUAGUUGUUGGGAUGUGUUUCUGGAUUUAUAUCGGUUUAUUAUUUGCCGGCUGGUAGGGCUGUUGAAUAAAAUCAAAUCAAAUUUAACUAAAUUCAA